AUGUUUCUCUACUUCUUUGUCGCUGGAGGUGGAUCAGAUGAAAGACAAGUGGAUCACAGAAGCCCUGGGGCCCCGCCUGCCAUCAAAGUUACCUAA